GAAUCGUCACUGCUGUUUGUCUCGCUCUCUCAUACACACUAGACGAACAUUGGAAAGAAGAAUGCGUGUUGCAGUUAUAGGAUCGGGUGCGAGUGGCCUCACCGCCAUCAAAACAUGCAAAGAGGGUGGUCUGGAUGUUGUCUGUUACGAACGAAGCGAUUAUAUAGGUGGACUUUGGAGAUACAGAGAGAAAGACGAAGAAGGUUUAGCAUCGGUAGCCAAAUCAACCAUCAUCAACAGCAGCAAGGAGUUAACUUCGUACAGCGACUUCCCGGCUCCAAAGGAGUUCCCAAAUUACAUGCACAACACUAUGAUGUUUAGGUACCUGGAAUUGUAUGCCGAAAAUUUCGAGCUGAUCCCCCAUAUUAAAUUUAAUCAUAGAGUUGAGAGGACUGUACCCGCUGACGAUUACGAUUCGACUGGAAGGUGGAAGGUUACAGUUACCAACCUGAAGACCGGAGAAAAGUUGGAGGAGAACUUUGACGCAGUUAUGAUAUGUAUAGGGCAUCACGUAUUUCCUAACUCGCCUAAAUUUCCUGGCCAGGAGAAAUUUCGAGGUAAAAUCAUUCACACUCAUAGCUAUAAAACUGCCAAGGAAUACAAUGACAAAAAAGUAGUGGUCAUCGGUGUUGGAAACUCCGGAGGUGAUGCAGCUGUGGAAAUAAGUAACGUUGCUAGUAAGGUAUACCUCAGCACGCGUACUGGUACGUGGGUGAUGCACAGAGUUGGAGAAAACGGAAUUCCGGUCGACGAUCAGAUGCUCACUCGAUUCAAAAACAUUGGAUUUAAUUUAGUACCUUUGGGUAUAUCUAACUGGUUCGUGGAGCGUAACCUUAAUCACACAUUUGACCACGAAGAUUAUCAAUUAAAACCCAAACAUCGGUAUUUUCAACAGCAUCCUACGGUAAACGAUGCCCUUCCAAACAGAAUUUUGAGUGGUACCGUAAUUGUUAAAGACAACGUGGAACGUUUCGAAGAAAAUGGAGUACUUUUCAAAGGCGAUUCGGAGGUCACAGAAAUCGACACGGUGAUCUUGGCUACGGGAUACGAGAUCAAGUUCCCUUUCCUCGAUAAAGAAAUCAUUGAUACCACGGAUAAUCACAUCGAGUUGUAUAAAUUUGUAUAUCCUCCCCAUAUGAAACACCCCACUCUUGCGGUGAUUGGUAUGGUUCAGGGAGUCGGAGGGCUUUUUCCCAUGUUCGAGAUGCAAAGUAGAUGGUUUGUGCAAGUUCUAAAGAAGAACGUUUCGUUGCCUAGCGAAAGACAGAUGAGAAGCGACAUCGAUAACCAAUUAGAGAAGAUGAGAAAACGGUAUUACAAUUCUAAACGUCACACGAUCCAAGCCGAUUACAUUAACUACUUAGACGAUAUCGCUUCGUUAAUUGGGGUAAAACCGAAUUUCUUUAAGAUGUUCUUUACUGAUCAAGAAUUAUUUUGGGCUCUGAUGAUGGGCCCGAGUUUACCUUAUCAGUAUAGGUUACGAGGUCCUCACCCCUGGAGUAAAGCCAGAGAAACUAUCUUAAGUUACGAACACAGACUUACUUACGCAUUACAGACUCGUUACAAGAAACAAGAACAAGAAGAACAACGAUCGUAUUUUAUCUAUUUUGUAUUUAUUGUAGUUAUUUUUGCUGUUUUCCUAUCGAAAAUUAUGUAAUAUUAAUGUAAACAUGGAAGAGUUUACUCGCAAGUUUAUCACAAGAUUAACACAAUAAAAUUGUUGACGAAAUA